AUGUUAAUACCACCCGGCGCGGGCAUUUUCUGCUACUGCUGCUGCGGGCUCCUCCGUCCGAGACAGAUGUUGCGAAACCAAGGCCUCCUCAAGUGCCGCUGCCGCAUGCUCUUCAAUGACCUGAAGGUCUUCCUGCUGCGGAGACCCCCCGCGCCGCCGCCGCCCUCCCCGCCGCCGCCGCUCCCCAUGCCCGGCGGCGCAGAGGCGGCGGCGGGGGCCGCACCGCCCGGGGGGCGCGGGCCCGGCUGGCGGGCGGCGGGCGGCGGCGGCGGCGCGGGCAGCCCGGCCGCCGAGGAGUGGGGCAGCCCCGCCGGGGAGCCGCCCGCCUCCCUGCCCAGCAGCACCUCCUCGGAUGACUUCGGCAAGGGCAAGGCCGAGGACCGUUACUCGCUGGGCAGCAGUGUCGACAGCGGCAUCCGCACCCCGCUCUGCAGGAUCUGCUUCCAGGGGCCCGAGCAGGGGGAGUUGCUGAGCCCGUGUCGAUGCGAUGGAUCUGUGAAGUGCACGCACCAGCCAUGUCUGAUCAAAUGGAUUAGCGAGAGAGGCUGCUGGAGCUGUGAGCUGUGUUACUACAAGUAUCACGUCAUUGCCAUAAGCACAAAGAACCCUCUGCAGUGGCAGGCCAUCUCUCUGACAGUCAUUGAGAAGGUUCAGAUAGCAGCGGCCAUCCUGGGCUCCCUCUUCCUCAUCGCCAGUAUCUCAUGGCUCAUCUGGUCGACCUUCAGUCCCUCAGCCAAGUGGCAGCGCCAGGACCUGCUCUUCCAGAUCUGCUAUGGAAUGUACGGCUUCAUGGACAUUGUCUGUAUAGGUCUAAUAAUACACGAAGGGCCCUCGGUUUACCGGAUUUUUAAACGGUGGCAGGCGGUCAAUCAGCAGUGGAAAGUGCUGAACUAUGACAAAACAAAGGACAUGGAGGAGCAAAAAACGGGGACCAGGACAAAUCAGCGCCCCUCCUCCCAAACCACCCACUCGUCCUCCACUGGUGGUACAGCCACUAACUCCGCUCCAGCCGACAGCGGGGCACGGGCUGCUGGCCAUGCCACAGGCACCCUCUCUGACCACCACUGUGCUUAUACCAUCCUGCAUAUACUCAGCCACCUGAGGCCUCACGAACAGAGGAGUCAGUCUAGUAGUAACAGAGAGCUCGUCAUGAGGGUCACAACGGUCUGAGCAGAGGAAUUCAGGAGGCCUUAACACGAAGCGGAGGAGACAAAGAACUCAUAAAGCAGAGGAGCAUGGUGUGCCUUUUUCUUUCUCUUUCCUUUUCUUUUUUCUUUUUUUCUUCUCUUCUUUUCUUUUUUCAGUAACUGCACAAGAUAUAAGAGGCGGCACCUG